AAUAAGCAAGAAAACACUUGAUUUGUACAGGAAAGUGACGUCAUGAACAAUUAUUUAAAUAGCUUCGUUAUAUGGCUGUCCGGAUCUUACUCCUGGUUGACUUAUAAGAUUUUCCUUCCUGUACAGUUACCCGGUCUAGAUCUGACAAUCGUGGAUCAGCGAAGAUCUGAUAUGGAGCUAAAAGGAAGAGUGCUUGUAUACUCAAUCACAGGUUGUCCCCACUGUAUGAGAGCUAAAAAUACGUUACAAGAACAUAAUAUUCCAUAUAUUGACAUAAAUCUCGACAACUUUCCACAAUGUAGAGAAGAUGUCAAAACUAGAACAGGAAGAAGUACAGUGCCCCAGAUCUUCUUUAAUGCAACACAUGUUGGUGGAAAUGAUGAUCUAGAAAAGUUGAUUACAGACAAACCAACCUUUGCUGCAUUAGUAAAAGAAGUGCAGGACAAUGAGGUUCCAGCAAGUGCCCCUCAGCCACCAGAUCCAAGCACAGCUAUAGAAGAAACUGAUCAUCUAUCUGGAUUUACAUGUGAACUAGAUGAAUAUGCUCAGUUAGUGAAAGAUCUACGUGCAAGUGGUAUAAUUAAAGAUAAUAGACAAGGAUUACUGACUGUCCAUAAAAACUCAUUCAGUGGCAAAGAAUUUGUGGACUGGAUAGUAAAAACAAAGGAGUUAGACAGAUCUAUUGCUAUAGAAAUGGGCCAAGCAUUGAUAGACAAACACUUUGGACACAAUGUUAAAUCACAGGAAACAUUCCAAGAUGCUGAUGUGUAUUAUAGACUUUUAGAUGACGAUGAAACCGAGGCAUUGAAUUCAGGGACCAUGUCAGAUUGUGAACCAAGACCAGCUGGUGAAGUUGGUGAGGAUAUAAGGAAGUUAAUUCUAAAGAUUUACAAUGUGUUUCUCUCAAAGGAUGGUAGGAAAGUUAAUUACAAAGGGAUUACAGCUUCAAGUGAGUUUGAGGUGUAUAAAACUCGUACAAAAGAACUUCAGAGAGUGCAAGUAGCUACUGCUAGUCGGGAAGAGAAAUUAGCUUUCUUCAUCAACAUCUAUAAUGCUCUUGUUAUCCAUGCUAAUGUGGUAAAGGGUCCUCCUAAUGGACUCUGGCAAAGAUAUAAGUUUUUCAAUACAGUUAAAUAUAUAAUUGGAGGUCAUUCCUAUUCUUUACAAGAUAUAGAGAAUGGAGUUUUGAGGGCUAAUAGGAAAGGUGUGGGUAUGUUCACCAAACCAUUUUCUAAGAGUGAUCCAAGAUUUAAGAUAGCAUUGGAGAAACAUGAACCACUUAUCCAUUUUGCUUUGGUGUGUGGAGCCAAAAGUUGUCCACCAAUAAAAACAUAUUCUGUAGAGCAUAUAUAUGCUGAGCUAAAAUCUGCAGCAGAAGCUUUUCUGGAGGGAGAUGAUGGGGUUUUUAUUGACAUGAAUAAGAAGCAGAUAAAAUUGUCAAAAAUAUUAGACUGGUACCAAGAGGAUUUUGGCAAAAAUAAAGAAGAGGUUGUACAAUGGAUUAUACUCCACAUUGCAGAGGGAGCCAAGAAAAAACAACUUCAAGAACUUGUUGCUGGUAAAACUUACAAAGUCAGCUAUCUUGAAUACAACUGGGGAACCAAUGAUUAAAACUUCACAACCAAUCUGCACCUGCCAUUUGAUAUUAGAUUAUUUUUUUUAUCAAGAAUAUGUUGUAUGCAAUAACUUUUAUGUGCAUUAGGAUGUUAAAUCAUUUGACUUUUUCUAUUACCAUUGUGAUCUCUAGCCUAUACCAGUAUGACAAACAAGUGAAAAUCAUUUAAUUCUUCCAAGAAAAGAAAGAGAAAAGCCUUAAAAAAUAUUGAUAAUUUUGAAUUAAACAUGUCUUUAACAUUUAAUGCAAUUAACUUUUUGUUAUAUUUUGUUAUAUUUUUUUAAUAAAAGUGAACAGAUCUUUUUAAAGAACAAAUGAUAUGUAACAUAAAACUUGAACUAACAAUUUGAAAUGUUGGUUUUUUGAUAAAAAUGAUGGAGAUAAUUUAAUUAUACAAAGUGUUGGGUCUAAUUUAUCACAGAUAUCUUCUAGUUUUGCUAUUUUAUGAAAUUUUCCUUUGAUCUUGCUGACUUAUAAUUUCCUUUCUCAGGAGAGUUGAGUGAUAUGAAAAUUAUCGCCAGAAACUAAGGGCACACAUGUGGCGUUGUUAAUGAAAUUGAUAGGUAAAAUAGUGAUAAACAGAUUAUCAUUAAUCAACUCAACUUGAUUGCAUUUCUCACUUUUACAGUACUGGCUCAAGCAAGAAAAUCAAUCUCAUUGAGAUGAUCAAAGAUAAUCUAUAAGUAUUAUCAAACUUUGUUUAAUUUCAAUAUGGUUAUAUACACUUUUACAAUUUGUUAUUGAUAGAGUAAAUCGUUUCCAGGAAGAAAUCCUUUAUUGAAUAUAAGAAUAUUUCACUGAAAAUUGCAAUUAGAUAUGAUCUCUUAAUUUGCUUACUUUGUGUUGUUUUGUCUUGUUAGUGAAUGUUAUAUUUUAAUGAUUAACAGUACAGAAAAUUUGCCACCAUCAAUUUGGGAUUUAGAGUUGAAGAAUCCCUAAGUGAAGGUAGCCACUAUUUACAUUGGUAUUGUUUUUCCUAUUCUAAUGCCAAAUAUAUUCCUAAAACAUUUGACAGGCAAAAAAGCAAAUUUAUCCUGUCUAAGCUUUUCAGCAAGAAUAUAUAGCUAUAGAUACAGUUGGUCUUAUUUUGAGAAUUUAGUGAUGAGUCUUUUGAACAGAAACCCUGAAUUUGUUGUUUUAGUUCAUAUCAUUAACACCUGAUUGAUUUUUAAAUCAAUUCUGAAGUCUCAUUAAGCAGUAAUGAAUUGUAUUCAGAAUCUCCCAAUUUUGGAAAACAAAAGGACCAUAUCAUAGAUUAAAGAAUUUAUCGUAAUGCAUUGCUGGUCAAUUUUUAUAUAAAAUGUUUUCUUCUGAAAUACUAUGAUCAUACAUUCUUGUAUUUCAGCUAUGAAAUGGUUUGAAUUUGAAUACAUAUUGCAGCUAUCCUUAUCUUUGUCUGUGAUACUAGAUGACUAUUUUUGUAUAUUUUUUAUAUCUUUGUUUCUUAAUAAAUUCUUUUAACUGUU